CCAGCAUGUGUGAUUUUGUACCGUGUGACCGGAUCGUGCAAAGGGCCUAUUGUCAAAGUAUAAGGUGUUUUUGUCGACGUAAAAUGUUCCUGCACGGCUUUAAUUCCACUGACGUUAAUUUUACAGCAGAAUUUAUGAUGGUUACCUGAUAUUACUUUUAUAUUAUUCUUUGCUGUGGAGGCAAAAAAGUAAAGUGCAGCUCGGCUUAUCCAAAAGAAGAGGGAAGACCAAAGUCCUGGUCUGAACCAAUGUUGUGUGCCUCGCUAGGCCAGGCACUCAACUCAACAGUGCCUAGUUUCUCACCCAGGAGAAUUAAUGGAAGGGGAAGGUUAACCAAAAAGUAUUUGACUUGUAACCGUGAAAGAGGGACUACCAUACAUCAAGGGGAGCAAACAAACACUUGUCUGUUGUCGGUGCUUCGUAAACAAAACAGAGCACACUGCCAGAGGAUGUGAACCGCUGGAUAUGUUCUGACUAAUUGCCGGCAGCUGCGUAUACACCUGGGUGGAGGAAGGCAUUGUGAUAGCAAGGUUCUUGCCCAAGAACACAGCACAAUGAUCCUGUUAAGAGCUAUCUGGAAUCCAAGCCUUUCGAUGCGAUGUGUAUAACGCUGAUAGCCAUUAGGUUACCACGCCUACAGUAUUGCUUGUGAACGGCCGGCGGUAUAAGUACACAAUUCUUCCUUUGAUUAGAUAAUACGAAAGAAAUUCCCCCUCCCCCCCCGCCCCCUCCUAAAAAAAAAAAAAACAAUAGAACAUGCUUUUGUCCUCGCUCCUUACUCGAAGACGAAAGGCUGCACGUGAUGACUCAUGUAGAACAUUCCUAUUUUUUCUCUCUCUUUAAUUUCUUCGUCACGCAGGUAAGCUGUGAUGAUGCAUGCCCGCAGGUAUGCUGCCCAACGAAGACCACUGAGCUGAAGGGUAAACUCAUUUACCAUCAGACUAUGACGCCAUCUUGGUUUGAAGGUCACGCAUCCUACGUUGACAGUUAUCACACCACAACCGCUGACCUGAUCACAUUCAACGCAGGCUCAGUCGAGAAAGCCGCCCUUCUUAAAGUCCCUUUGAUCGCAGCCAAUGUCUUGACAGAUUGCGUUCCUCUCACAGUGGAAGUCACGGUCGCAAAUGACGUCAGAAUUGGUGGAAAGGGGUACGAUAGUGACAUAAGAUACGGCUUGUCAGAUGGGAAAACCUUCAUCGGGUUUGAAGCGCCCGACAGGAGGAGCUACGCCAGACAAUCCCCCUGCUAUGCAAUCGAGGGCACAUCUGGCAAAACUCUGAAGGACAUAAAUUUUAAAAACACGAAUUUCCCUAAAGUAAGCAAGUACUCUCUCUACCCUGGUCGUUUCAUCUUCACUUUUAAGUUAGAUCAACGCUGGGGGUCGUGCUACACCGCGCAGGACAAUGGCUUUGUGAAGACCGCUGGCUACAUCAACCGGCUGAAGCUCUGCAAAGGGCUCAACCUCGAGGUUUAUAAGACCAACAAAGGAGAGAGAGUUGGCAUCAAGUUCAUCAAGGUCGCGAUCACGCAAGAUUCGUCUUGUAGUCAACAUUAAUCAUUAAUCUUCUUGAUAACAUCGUGAGAAAUGUAUGUGCUGUUCUCAACUUCAAUGUUAGCAGUCGACCAUCUCGUAAAGUGAUGGGAGCUUUACGCUAACAUCAAACAUUGUAGGUUAUCUUUCAAUUAGAAAUAAAAGCUA